AUCUCACAGUAUAGCCAGCGUUACCAUUACCAACAACACGUUUUUCCAGAUUCAUAAUAACAAUAAUUAAUUACUACUAUUGUAGAUCGUAGGCAAUUAAUUGAACUCUUCAAUUAUUCAAUACUUUAUAGUAGCAAAUUCAAUACUAUAAAUACAAAUCUCAACGCUUCAAUUUUGACUUCGCUACAAGAACAAGAAGCCAGGCAUGAAAUCCAGAUCUUCAAGCUUCAGGAAACACCAAUUUCACAUCUAGCUCAGAGGAGAAAACAAUGGCGAGAGUGUUAAUUGUUUCUUUGUUAGUGGGAAUUGUGGUUUGCAUUGGGUUUAGCGAAGCGGCGAGGAAGCAUGAAUGGAGGCUCCACACGCUAUUUUCUGUUGAGUGUCAGAACUACUUCGACUGGCAGACGGUUGGGCUCAUGAACAGUUACAGGAAGGCCAAGCAGCCCGGGCCCAUAACCCGUCUCCUGAGUUGUACGGAUGAGGAGAAGAAGAACUAUAGAGGGAUGCAUUUGGCGCCAACGUUUGAGGUUCCUUCUAUGAGCAAGCAUCCCAGAACUGGUGACUGGUACCCUGCAAUAAAUAAACCAGCUGGGGUUUUGCACUGGCUCAAACAUAGUAAAGAUGCAAAAAAUGUUGAUUGGGUUGUCAUUCUAGAUGCAGACAUGAUAAUCAGAGGCCCAAUUUUACCUUGGGAGCUUGGUGCAGAGAAAGGAAGACCUGUUGCCGCAUAUUAUGGGUACUUACGAGGUUGUGACAAUAUUUUGGCUCAACUGCAUACGAAACACCCAGAACUUUGCGACAAAGUUGGUGGGCUUUUGGCCUUUCAUAUAGAUGACCUCCGAGCUUUCGCACCAUUGUGGCUUUCCAAAACAGAAGAAGUGAGGGAAGAUAAGGCACACUGGGCAACAAACAUAACUGGUGACAUCUAUGGGAAAGGAUGGAUCAGUGAGAUGUAUGGCUACUCUUUUGGUGCUGCUGAAAUAGGACUUCGGCACAAGAUCAAUGAUAACUUGAUGAUCUACCCAGGUUAUGUUCCUCGGGAGGGAAUUGAACCAAUUCUUCUUCACUAUGGGCUUCCAUUUAGUGUAGGAAAUUGGUCAUUUAAUAAAUUGGCUCACCAUGAAGAUGGAAUUGUUUAUGAAUGUGGCCGUCUUUUUCCAGAACCCCCUUAUCCCAGGGAGGUAAGGCAGAUGGAACUUGACCCUAAUCGAAGGCGAGGACUAUUUCUAAGUAUAGAGUGCAUAAAUAUUAUAAAUGAGGGUCUUCUGCUGCAGCAGGCAGCAAAUGGUUGUCCUAAACCUACUUGGUCUAAAUAUUUGAACUUUUUGAAAAGCAAAGCCUUUGCUGAACUAACAAAGCCAAAAUAUCCAACUCCUGCUACUUUACAAAUGAUGGAGGAUACCAAAGAAGAUGACAAUGCUCUUGAUGCUGAGAAGCCGCAUCCUAAAAUUCAUACUGUUUUUUCCACAGAAUGUACCACAUACUUUGAUUGGCAGACAGUAGGACUUAUGCACAGUUUCCGAUUGAGUGGACAGCCAGGAAAUAUCACUAGACUUCUUAGCUGCACAGACGAAGACUUGAAGCAAUAUAAGGGCCAUGAUCUGGCUCCUACCCAUUAUGUUCCCUCUAUGAGCCGACAUCCAUUAACAGGAGACUGGUAUCCAGCAAUUAAUAAACCUGCUGCUGUACUUCACUGGCUUAACCAUGCAAAUAUUGAUGCUGAGUUCAUAGUGAUUCUUGAUGCUGAUAUGAUCUUAAGAGGCCCGAUUACACCAUGGGAAUUCAAGGCUGCUCGUGGCCGUCCAGUUUCAACUCCCUAUGACUACCUCAUUGGCUGUGACAACGAGCUUGCCAAAUUGCACACUAGCCAUCCUGAGGCUUGUGACAAGGUUGGUGGUGUAAUCAUUAUGCACAUAGAUGAUCUUCGGAAAUUCGCUUUGCUAUGGCUACAUAAAACUGAGGAAGUCCGAGCUGAUAGAGCUCAUUAUGCAAGAAAUAUAACAGGAGACAUAUAUGAAUCUGGUUGGAUCAGUGAGAUGUAUGGCUACUCAUUUGGAGCAGCCGAGCUAAAAUUGAAGCAUACUGUAAACAAUGAGAUACUGAUAUACCCAGGAUAUGUACCUGCACCGGGGGUCAAGUAUCGAGUUUUUCACUAUGGGUUACGUUUUGGUACUGGGAAUUGGAGUUUUGACAAGGCAGAUUGGCGGGAUGUUGACAUGGUCAACAGAUGCUGGGCCAAGUUUCCAGACCCACCGGAUCUAUCGACACUAGAUCGAGCCAAUGAGGAUGGUUUUCAGCGUGAUCUGCUCAGCAUUGAAUGUGCAAAAACACUGAAUGAAGCACUGACUUUGCAUCAUGAGAGAAGAUGCCCCAAUGCAAAUUCUUUAUCCCCACCAAAAGAGGAACAAAGAACAGAAGAAAGCGGCAUGUCAAGGAAAUUUGGCAUUGUAGAUGAAAGUACUGAUUCAAUAAGCAAUCAUAUCUCAGUAAAUCAUUCUGAGCAACUGAGAAAGGAUUCUGAGGAUUUGGAUAGUGUUCCAAAAGAUGAGAUGCCAAGCUCUUUCAGAUUUUGGGUGAUAUUCCUAUGGGCCUUUUCCGGAUGUGGCUUCGUUGUUGUCGUUUAUAUGGUGUAUUCAGGUCAUAAAAGAAGAGGAUCAAGGGCAAAACCCCAUAGAACACGGAGAAGAAGUGUUCAUACAGGAUUCAUGGAAAUGAACGGUCGUGACCGACAUAGCCGUGGCCUCGACGUACCUCUGUAACAUUCUGAUCCUUUUCUUUCCCAUAUUGUAAUGCCGGGUGGUCAGAAUUUGAUUGGGAGUUCAAAUUGAAGGAUUAGUAGGCAUGUUCCUUGACUGAGCCUAUAUUGUUCAUUCCUACAAAGCAAGCAAGCAAGCAAUAUUGAUUGUUGACCAUCCAAGAGGCCUCCCAUUUGAUGUUUUCUUUGGACAUUAAUGAUUGAGAAAGUUUACAGGGAGAAACUAAUAUUCUGUUAUUGAAUUUGAGAGUGCUUGUAUUAUUUUUGUACCCAAAAUUGAUAAGAUGUAACGUUAGUAAUGUAGAGAAAGUGACUGAAGCAUGCACCUUCAUGUUCAGCUUGGAUGAUCAUGCAGAAUAGGUGAGUGAGAGUAUGUAUACAUUUCACUUUUUCUUUAUGCCUUGGGAUACAAAGGCAUUUUGAGCUCUGACAUAGUAUUAUACUUUGCCCAUUGAAGAACUCACCUUGUAUCAUUUAUGUAACAUUUUCCACCUCUUUUACUGUUCUCC